CCAUACUAUACUAUCACAUUAUUGAUUUGGUGAUGUUGUGUUGAAAGCAGAUGUCCUGAUUAACUGUGCAUAAGUUGCUUUUGCCUAUAAGAGGUCACAGACAUUGUGUUGUUCAAUCAUCAUUGACUUUUAUGGAAGGAUGUCUUGUUUGGGUGUCUGCUGCAAUGAGUUCAUAAAUGACAGAAGACCAGAGAAGACUGUGGUUUCUAUGACAAUAGAGACACAAGCUGUUGGGUAGCAAGUUGAUAAGGGGAGAGCUGGCUGAGGAAAAGUGUUUGAGACCAUGUUUGGUAGGCAAUCCCUAAAGACAUCAGAUUUUAUGGAAAUGUCUUGUUGCAGACUAGAUAUCAUAUAUCUGCUAGUCGGAUGUGAGGGUGUGUGAGGAGGAGUAUAUAAGAGCAAGCUCACCACCUCACUUCAUCAGUAUCGAGGAUAUCGGUCAUCAUCAUGUUUUCAUUUUUUGUGACAGUUCUUGUGCUCAUUCAAGUCAUUGCUACUUGUGCUGGUCAAAGUGUGUCAGAUGAGAGAAAUCAGCAGACAUGUGUGUCUGCUGGUGUUCCUGGAGUACCUGGAUCACCUGGAGUUAAUGGAUCACCUGGACGAGAUGGAAUGAAAGGAGAAAAGGGGAUGAACGGAGAGAGAGGAUUAGUUGGAGAUGUCGGUGGUAAAGGUAAUGCUGGGAAGAUAGGUCCACAAGGUCCACAAGGCCCACGAGGGAUAAUUGGAGAAACAGGAAGGAAAGGAGAGAAAGGAGAAGCCAUGACACUCAACUGGAAACAGUGUGUGUGGAAUAGAGAGGAUGGGAAGGACAGCGGUCUGAUUCAGAACUGUAAUUUUAGGAAACAUGACAGCAAUUCAGCUCUACAUGUUGCAUAUGCAGGAAAUCUCAGGGUUUACUGCUCCAGUGGUGACUGCUGUUCUCGAUGGUAUUUUACAUUCAACGGUAACGAGUGCAGUGGACCUAUGACUAUUGAGGGAGUUGUGUAUAGUGGACUACAUGAUAGUCCUCAUCGUCACAGACAGAUUGAGGGAUACUGUGAGAACAUUCCAGCAGGUCAAGUCACAAUUGGAUUCAACAUUGGAAACUGUAACAAAUGGAGAUCAACAACCUAUGAUGGCUAUACAGGAUGGAUAUCAGUAUCUCGCAUUAUGAUUGCAGAAGUUCCUCCAUCACAAAAGUGACUGAAUUAGAGAGGAAGUAGAACAGUGUAGUUUGCAGUACGAACAAGUACGAGGUAGCUGAAGUAGGAGGCUGGAUUGCUGGUUUAAUUAUGUU